AGAUAAGAGAUCCUUUUUUUUUAUUCCAUAGCCGUUUCCACGAGAAAUCUGUCCCAGAGGAAGAGCGAAAUAUUGUCGGAGCCCAGAUCCGAAAUAUUGCCGGUCAGCUGUUGAUCAGAGGAGGAAGAGCGAAAUAUUGUCGGAGCCCAGAUCCGAAAUAUUGCCGGUGCCUGCUCAGCGGAGGAAGAGUGUAAUAUUGUAUGGAAAUAUUGGAGCGGCUGACCUGCUACGUACGAGCCGGUGGUAUCGCAGUUGGUAUGGGCAAAUUUGGGCGAUUUCGACGCCUGUGGUAUGGCCUGCUCAGAUCGCCGGAUUCUCACGACUCUACACUGGACAAAGGCACAUGAGUCAAUUGGAAAUUGACUACUAUACUGAUAGAAUUAAAAAGGAAAUACUCUCUCCAGAUAGGUUAAUUGGAAUUACUAAGUUUAUUACUUGGUUAUCUGAAACAUUCGUUGAAAGCCGACACCUUGUCGUAGAGACAAUGAAAAAUCGAAAUGCAGGUAUUGAUGUGAAUGACUAUUCAACACAACUUGUCCCUAAGAUGUGCAUUUGGACCCCAACACCGGAGGGGUAUGUAUUUGGUUAUGAAGUUUUAAUCAUUUCAUUAAUAGUCAACUAGAAUUGUCAAACUAAUUUACCUUUUUUUAAUAGGUUCCAUAUUUUAUCAACGAAUGCUUCCGUGUCUAGAGAUAGCUCCUAUGGAGCCUGGGCUAUUACUAAUCAUUUAGGGAAUGUACUGUUAGACUGUGGCUGCCACAUUCUUCACAGUACAACAUCACAAAAGGCGGAGCUUGAAGCACUUCUCUUAGGAGUUAACUGAGUCCUUAGUUCCCCUAAGCUUAGUUGUCGUAAACUCCUUAUUUGGACUGACAACUAUAAGGUGUGGCACUCGAUCAAUUCACACCUGGGAACUAAGGGCUCGGUUAACUCCUAAGAGAAGUGCUUCAAGCUCCGCCUUUUGUGAUGUUGUACUAUGAAGUAUGUGGCCGCCACAGUCUAAUAGUACAUUCCCUAAAUGAUUAGUAAUAGCCCAGGCUCCAUAGGAGCCAUCUCUAGACACGUAAGCAUCCGUUGAUAAAAUAUAUAACAUAUUAAAAAAAGGUAAAUUAGUUUGACAAUUCUAGAUGACUAUUAAUGAAAUGAUUUAAACUUCAUAACCACAUACAUACCCUUCCGGUGCUGGGGUCCAAAUGCACAUCUUAGGGACAGGUUGUGUUGAAUAGUCAUUUACAUCUAUACUUGCAUUUUGAUUUUUCAUUGUCUCUACGACAAGGUGUCGGCUUUCAACGGAUGUUUCAGUAAUAAACCUAAUAAUUCCAAUUAACCUAUCUGGAGAGAGAGUAUUUCCUUUUUCUUCUUCUUCAAUUCAAACGCCCAGAAAUAUACUUGAUGGGUACAUUAGGACCAGCCCAAAGAUAUAUGCAAGUGGGCCCGGCUGGUGUCACAUCAAUCAUGGAGGUUGUCGGCAUGAAACUCGAAAUGGACAUAGUUAUUCUGCCUGUGUGGUUAGUCACCUUUUUAUUGUGUAGAAGAGUCAAGCGACUUCCCAUCAUUUUUUGUCCCUGGUUUUUGUUUCGGUGCACAUGAUUAUGGAUUACUUGCUACUUGUGGUCCUUUUUUUGUCACUUAUCUAGCAAUAAUCAAGUAUACAUAAUACAAAAAUAUGCUGGAUAAAUUAUUGGAAGGGCUCAAAGUGUCAAAGUGACAAGAUAUUCAAUCUAGUACGUAAAAUAGAAAAAAAUGAAAUCCAGAGUUCAAACAACAACACACCCAAUGGUGAAGGAAAAUGCACUUGUCCUCCAGGAUUCAAAGGUGAUGGCAAGAGUUGUGAAGGUAAGAUUAUGGUUUAAUACUUCCGAAUAUUUAUGGAUUCAAUUUCAUUUGCCAUGAUGAAACUUAGGAAUUCAAACUCCAUUAAUAUUUAUGCUAAUUUUAACUUUCAAAUCAUAUUCUAUGAUCACAAGAUAUUGAUGAAUGCAAAGAAAAGAGGGCCUGCCAGUGCCCUGAAUGCAACAGCGAGAAUACACGGGGUGAUUACGAAUGCACUUGACCUCUUGUAUAUGGGAGAUCACGACACCUGCAUAACCCACUUAGCACUUCGAAUCGGCCCUUUCACGCUGUCCUCCCCGAAGAAGAAAGUCCAAGAAACAAUUGAACAGAGCUCAAAUCCGUAGCUCGCGCCGAAUGAUGGAGUUUUACGCCGGAGAAGGGAAGCGAUUCAGUGGGAAUUGCAAAACUCUGCUACUGCCGGCGCUUUCGAUUGGGAAUGUAGGACAGCUUGCUGUGGAUCUAUUUGUAUCGUCUUUGAGAGCCGAUCGGGUCGGGUUUCUAGACGACCCGAAUGUUCUUCCUUGCGUUGGCAAUGACGCUUAUACAGCUGCUCCGCCCGGCCAGCUAUCUCUUCCUCUUGAAGUUUAUGAAUCUUCUUCUUGUGAGCUGAGCAUCAUCCAACAGAGAUCUCCAGUUGUUAAGGGAAUGAUGGUCCAGUUUGCCAGGAAUUUGGCAGAUUUUGCUGCUGCUAGUAGAAUACAGCACAUUGUUUUGCUAUCUAGCUUGGAUUUUGGUCGUUGGCAAAGCAUCGAUAUGUCUAGUGGGUUGCAGACAUAUUAUCUCUCUAGUUCCAGCUUGGAUGGAAAGGACGAUGAAUGUGAGAGACUAGGGUUCAAGAUGUUGCAAGAAUAUAACCCGUCUCAGAGGAUGUGGAAGUAUCUAAGCAAUUUAGCUGAAAAUGGGGAAGAAGAUUGGCCUUUUGAAGAGCUGGAAAAUGAAGAUUACCUUGCAAGUCUACCUUUUGCUGCACUUUUCUCUUGUUUUAAGGCCAAAGGUGUGAAGGUUACAUGCCUAAUGUGUUAUUGCUCGGAGGGAGACAACAUACCCGAAGCAUUUCAUUUGGCUGAAGCCGCAUCACAACUUCUCAGCCUCUCAACUAAAAGUUUCGGAGGCAAUGAGGUUGGCAAAUGGAUUGUCCCGUUUUCUUGGAAGAGUGUGUACGGACCUCCCUCGGAUAUGUCUCUCUUUUAGGUAACCAGCAUAUGUAUUUUGCUUUCCUUAAGGAUGCUAGCUCGACUCCAUCUUGUCUUUCUAAAUAUUUGGUACGUGGUAAUUGGGAAAACAUCUGUGUACGGUCUAAGGCUUAUCAGCUAUGUUGCACGGAUUCUUCUCGUCUCUGAAACAUUUCGGAUGUCUCAACACAAGUACUUUGUAAAAUAUGGAAAAGUUGGUGUUUUACCGUUCUUGACCUCGUGGCCGUAUGAGUACCCAUCUUCGUUUCUCUGUUUUCCCAUGCAAAUAUGUACAGAGUAAUAAAAUACAUAUCAAAAU